AUGUGCGGUGAUGAACCAUCCGCAGGUGUGACAGUGAAGCUGUGGGAUGAGGACGAUGGUCCAGACCCUGAUGAUCUUCUCGCUCAAGGAUUCACUGACGCUAAAGGAGAGUUCACUUUGAAGGGUUCGGAACGUGAAACCACCAACAUUGACCCAGUGUUCAAAGUGUAUCAUGACUGCGACAAUGCUUUCAAGCCUGGACAGCAGAAAGUAAAGUUCCGUAUACCCAACCAAUACAUAUCAUUCGGCGGAUUGCCAAAACGCAUCUUCAACAUCGGCAUACUGAACCUAGAAACGAUUUUUCCCGUGGAAGAGCGAGAUUUGAUUUAA